AUGCAUAAUGCUAAUGGCUUUCUUCCCCCUCCCACACGCGUGAUUGGGGCUCAGGACGCCCUUCCCCCGGCACGACGCCCACCAGAAAGCGAUGGGUCCAGCUCUGAAGAAGAGGAGCAAGAAGUGGAUGGACAGCCCUAUCCAACUCCGACGGGGCCCUUCAAAAAAAGGCUCGAAGAGCUCCCUGACGCAACACACUCGAGCAGAAGACCUCCUCACUUCCGACCUGGAUUUGAGGUGCCAUUAUCGGCGCAUACCGGCGCCGUUGCCGUUGCUGGAAACUGUGUUUGUACUGCUUCCCAUCAUAUUAGAGUUUAUGAUUUAGACACUCUGGAUUCUCCGAUAUACGUGUUUGACGUGAAAGAUGCAGGUCUACCAUCGCCUUUGAAAGACCAUCGAGUUACUGCUCUGGCAUUUCGACCAUCUAGGGAUAUCGAGGAUGAAGGAAGAUUCCUUUGGUGCGGUACCAAAGAUGGGCACCUGUUUGAAUUCGAUGCGUGGAGCGGAGUCUUUCGUGGUGCACGUCAAGGAGUUCAUCUGGGUGCUUUAACCCAUAUACUUCGCUAUGGUCAAUCGAUGGUCACAAUCUGCGACCAGGGAAAGGCGCUCAUAUCCUCUGCACUUGAGGAUGGCUCUGAGUUUGGUAUGACAUCUACAUCCAUUCGAUCCCUAAGAUUAUCGGAGAAACAGGGUUUUGUGAAAAUAUUCGGGAACCAUUUAUGGACCGCGAACGGACCGGGAAACAACAAUGCUGGUGCUGCGACAGCACUGCGAGGGCCAAGUUUAAGAAUAUACGAUCUAACACCUGGAAACCCAACUCCAAAAACCCUCAUUCCAUCUGAUGCGGUUGGUCAGGUCACAAGUGGUGCCGUCAUCCCUAGCCGGCCCGAAUACGUAUACAUUGGGCAUGAAGGCGGCUGCGUAACGAUCUGGAUGCGAGGGGGUGAAAGGAGUUUGGAAGUGACGCCGCAAUCGGACGUCCCUGUCCAUGUAGGGACAGUGAAGAUUGGAACUAGCGAUGUCCUAGCACUUGAGGGCGUUCGGACACGAUUGUGGGCAGGAUUCAGAAACGGCAUGAUUUUAGCUUAUGAUGUGGAGCCGAUUCCGUGGCGUGUCACAAACACAUGGAAAGCUCAUGAAGAUUGUCCUGUUCUCAAGAUCGACGUUGACCCGUUAUCGAUUGACAAGUGCGCUCGAUUAACCGUCUUUUCCACUGGUCGUAACGAGCGAGUGCGUUUCUGGGAUGGUCUUCUGGGAGUUGAUUACGUAGAAACCGAAUUAUUAAGACGUGAAGCUCGUUAUAGCCUAUUCUAUGAUCUGAAAAUCCUCAUAUGUUCCUGGAACAUCGAUGCCUCAAGGCCAGAUAUGCUGACAUGCAAUGGUGAAAGUGUAUCGUUCUUACCAGAAGUUCUUCGAUCCGUGGGCGACGGAGCCGAUGCUCCAGAUAUUAUAGUCUUUGGGUUCCAAGAAGUCAUUGAUUUGGAGAGUCGUAAACUAACUGCGAAAACCGUGCUCCUUACCUCUGGAAAGAAGAAAAAGGAAGGAACUCUAGCCGACAAGGUCUCCUCACAGUAUCGACUUUGGCUUGAUCAGCUUAGUCUCUCAAUUCGCACGGCUAUGCCCCUUGACUGCCCUUACUCUGUGGUUCACUUUGAAAAUAUGGUUGGUUUGUUAACGUGUGUGUUCGUGAAACGGUCAGAGCGACAUAGGAUCAAGAACUCAGCGAUAACCACAAUGAAACGAGGGCUGGGUGGUCGGUACGGGAACAAGGGCGCUAUUGCCGCUCGCUUUACAAUUGAUGAUUCCUCAUUGUGCUUUAUCAAUUCGAAACGCAGACCUCAUCGCAUUCUGGAGGAUAAAUCAGUCUUCCCGGCUAUUGCUCUAGAAGAAGAUGGGUUUGCUUUCGUAGGAGGGGGGGACGGUUCGAUGAUUCUGGAUCAUGAAACCUGCUUCCUUAGCGGUGACUUGAACUAUCGCAUCGAUCAACGGCGAGAGAACGUCAUUGCCAGUAUUAAAGCUGGAGAAUUGGAUUACCUCCUUCAACACGAUCAACUCAGUAAGGAGCGGAAAAACAAUCCUGCUUUCCGAUUACGCUCUUUUCGCGAAGCACCAAUCACGUUUCCGCCAACGUACAAAUACGACCGACGAAGUGACGAAUUUGACACGUCCGAAAAACGACGAGUUCCUGCCUGGUGUGACCGCAUACUCUACAGGUGCCGAGACCCUCAGCGUGUGCAAUACCUUCAUUAUCGACGAUAUGAGGCUAACAUAUCAGAUCAUCGACCUAUCUCGGGGGGAUUCCACAUCACUACAAGGCUUGUCCAGCCUGAGUUGCGCGAUACGGAGAAACUCAUUGUCGAACAAGAGUGGCGGAUCCUCGAACAGGAGUUGCUUCGUGAAGCGCAUCGGUUCUACUUGAGGGAGAUGAGGCUCUAG